AUGGCAAACCGCGAAUCCCUUCUCGACUCGGGCACGGGAAAUUCGCCGAUCUCUGUUUCUGGCCCGCACUCAGGCCAAAGGACUGUUGCUGCUGUCGUCAGGCUAUUAGAUGGUAGCCCCAGACACUGGGAUCAGCAGGGUCUUGCCCUUUUGGGCGUCAGUUACUUGCUCCAGGAGAGAACCCCACCCAUCCCUCUGCGCAACAUCAAGGUUGUCCUGACGACCCUGACAUCACCUCCUACUAUGGACGGUGAGAUGGUGAGACUCCGCGCUCGCUCAGCCUCCACAGCCAACAGGUACCUGGCCAUGGAAGCAACGGCUUGGGGUACCACGGGGACUCACAACGGCCUGAAGGAGCCGCCAUAUCGUGCCAGCUACUAG